UUAAAUUAAAUAAAAUAAAAUAUAACAAUAUUUUAAUUAAAUUAAAUUAAAAUAAAAUAUAAUGUAAAUGCUUUUGCAUCACAUGUACACUAUUAUAUGACGUGUAUGUUUUAUUUGUACUAACCUUGUAUUUGUUUUAUGAAUGUAUUUAUAAAAUGUAAAUAAUAAUCUGAAGGAUAAUGGAAGUCAUUAUUUAAUGAUAUUCAGUUAAUGUCCAUUUUUUUUAGUUUUAGUUGAAAAUAGUAGUAGAAGAAUUUAAAUAUCAUACAAUGAAAUUGAUAUCAAUGUCGAAAUAUUUAACUUGUUUGUUAAUUUUUUAGAAAAACAAAAAAAUGACAGUUUGUUUUAAAUUUUAAAGGUUAUUCAAAUUAUUUUUAAAAAACUGUGUAAUUUAUGUAUAAACAUUUAAGAGAAGUACCUGCAUUUAAAUUUCUGUACAUAAACAUAAUUUAUCUAUCGUAGUACAAACUUCAAAGAUUAUAUAAAAAUAUGAUAGAUAAGAAAUAUCAUUAAUAUGAUAAUAUAUUAUUAGUAGUUAUUAAUAUCAUAUUUCAUUUAAGAUUUAUUACAAAUCUUUAUAUUCAUUACAUUUAUCUAUUUGUUAUUUUAUUAUAUAAUAAAUACUUCAGUGAAAAUAAUGUUGACGGAUUGUUUAAAGUUAAGAUCAUAUAAGAUCAUAUAAAGAAUUGAAAGUAUACAUAUAUUUAAGACAGAAAAAUACAAAUAUUUUUUGAUAAAGAAAUUUAGUUUCAUCGAUAAAAAAUCUAUUACGGCAACUUCUUGUAAGUUAUAUAAAGUAGAUAAGAAUAAUAAAUACAAUAGUAAAUACAAUCGAAAUACGACAGUAGAAAAUAUAUUAAGAUAAUUUGGACAAGAUUGCCAUGUUUUUUUGCCACCAUCUUAAUAAAGCGAACGUGCAUUUUAUAAGAAGGGCUUAUAUCAAAUCUUAUAGUAACAAUAUUUUUUCCUCACAAAUAUUAUUGCCAAAAAUUCAUCAAUCAUUCAAUAAUUCAACAUUUUUAUUCGUUAAAACAUUCAGUAACAUUUCUUCUAUAACAAUGACUAAAAUACAGGUUGGACCUGUUGUUGAUGUUUUAGGUGAUGAAAUGACAAGAGUCAUUUGGGAUUCCAUUAAAGAGAAACUCAUUUUACCAUAUUUAGAUAUUAAAUUACAUACUUAUGAUUUGAGUAUUGAAAAUCGAGAUGCUACUAAUGAUAACGUGACUGUAGAAUGUGCUGAGGCUAUUAAAAAAUAUAAUGUAGGAAUCAAAUGUGCUACUAUUACUCCAGAUGAAAAAAGAGUGAAAGAAUUUAAUUUAAAAAAAAUGUGGAAAAGUCCAAAUGGUACUAUUAGAAAUAUUUUAGGUGGUACAGUUUUUCGUGAACCUAUUAUCUGUAAAAAUAUACCAAAAUUAGUAAACAGUUGGAUUCGACCAAUUAUCAUUGGCAGACAUGCUCAUGCAGAUCAAUAUAAAGCUGUAGACUUUAUAAUACCUGGUCCAGGAAAACUUGAAAUCACUUGGAUUGGAGAUAAUGAACAAAAAAUUCAACAUAUAGUUCAUAAUUUUAAAGGACCUGGCAUUGCACAAGCUCAAUAUAAUACGGAUGAAAGUAUUCAUGCUUUUGCUCACAGUUCUUUUCAAUAUGCUUUAUCAAGAAAUUAUCCUUUGUACCUUUCUACAAAGAAUACAAUUCUUAAACAAUAUGAUGGUAAAUUUAAAGAUAUUUUUCAUGAAAUAUAUGAAAAAGAAUAUAAAGCACAAUUUGAAGCCAAGAAUAUUUGGUAUGAGCAUCGUUUAAUAGAUGAUAUGGUAGCAUAUGCAAUGAAAUCAGAUGGUGGUUUUGUAUGGUCUUGUAAAAAUUAUGAUGGUGAUGUUCAAUCUGAUUCUGUAGCACAAGGUUAUGGAUCUCUAGGUCUGAUGACUUCAGUUUUAAUUUGUCCAGAUGGACGUACUGUGGAAGCUGAAGCUGCUCAUGGUACAGUUACAAGACAUUAUCGUCAAUAUCAACAAGGAAAGGAAACUUCAACAAAUCCCAUUGCUUCUAUAUUUGCAUGGACAAGAGGUUUACUUCAUCGUGCAAAAUUGGAUGAUAACAAAGAUCUUAAACAAUUUUCAGAAACAUUGGAAGCAGUUUGUAUUAAUACUAUUGAAUCAGGUUUCAUGACAAAAGAUCUUGCAAUUUGUAUCAAAGGCAUGAAUAAUGUUACUAGAUCUGAUUAUUUAGAAACAUUUGAAUUUAUAGAUAAGUUAGCAGAAAAUUUGCAAAAACAAAUAAAAGUAAAUUGACUAGAAUAUCUUUCUAAUAAAAUGUUAUCAAAGUAUUAAUUAUAUAUCUAAAAAAAGCUAUUAUUAAUGGUUAUGGGAAGAGAAUAUGCAUUUAGAUUAUAAAAAUAAAAUGUAAUAAUAUAAAUGAAAUUGAGAUUAAUAUAUUGUAAUUAUAAUUUUUGUAAAAAUAUAUUCAUCAAAUUCUGUUUUGAUAUUAUAUGUACAUAUAUAUUUUUUUAAUAUCUUUAAAAAUUGUUGUAAAAAA